AUGCAAAUAAAAUUUAUUUAUGUAUUUUUCCUACUAGAACGGCAAGUGAACUUGUAAUAUAUUCCCAGAGAAAUGUUUCCACUUUGAUCGAAUAUGAAAAAUAAUUCCGAGUUGAUUGGUAACCUUCUGAAAUAUAUAAAUCCGAGUGCAGAGGGUUAAAUUGUCGCGUUCGCGAACGGAAAUAUCGAAAAGUCGAAAAAGCGUCGAGAGCCUUGAGAGGAACGUAGAUCAACCACGAACCAGUAGGACGCAAUGCCCUUGUUCCUCGGCUUCGGUAGAGCAAAAAGACGAAGGAAGCGGCAGAGGGGGUGGACGGAAGAGCACCCGGCAGCCAGCACGAGAAGCAGAUGGUGGCCGAUGGCCGAUGGAAAGGAUGUGCGGUUUUCCACACAUGUGUCAACCGGUCGUUCAGAGCUGUUCUCGCCGCAAACCGCGUCCCAUCGGAAGAAAGCGUGCUUCUACCGGGGUCACUGCUAAACCGGAAGUCACGACGAGCGGGAGGAGGAGCUCAGUUUCCGCGAGGAGAGGAGCAGGACACUGGCCACGACGGAUCGGUUAA